AUGAGCACUAAAAGUAAAGGGUCUCCAAGUAAACGCCGGCACGUUUCACGUGCUGAGUCUUCGGCUGAAAAAGAUGUGAUAGUGAAGAGUGACGACAGUAAAGAUGAUCAACACUCGGGGUCAGCAACUGGUGAUGUUGGAGUGGGCCAAUCACUACAAAAACAGUCUGCUUCUCCCAAACGAAGAAAAGUGCCCAGUCUAAACACAGCUCCAGAUUUGUCAGUCGAAUCUAAUGCUCCAGUAGUAUCCGCACCUUCCGCAGAUGAGAUCAACUCUAUCAUUGCAAAUCUGGCUCUGCCAGAUCCUAAUAUUCAGGUGGCAAUCGACCAUGCCAAUCACAAGACAUCUAACACUGAGGUGCAAGCCUAUGCCAAGUUAGCAGGUGCUAAUUGGACUUAUUAUGUACAAAGUUUACGGGUCAUUAUUGGACGUUCAUCUGAGCCAUCGACGUCGACUAGUGGUGAUCAGAAUGGCGCCGAGCAAGUCCAGAUAGAUUUGGGUCCUGCAAAAGUUGUUUCUCGUCGUCACGCAUCUAUUCAGUAUAACCAGGACGGCAGAUACUGGGAGCUGACCAUUCUCGGUCGUAAUGGUGCUAGAAUCGAUAAAGUGUCGCAUAAGGAGGGAACAACUCGGUUAUUCAGUGGUAAUAUCAUCGAUAUAGGUGGUGUUCAAAUGAUGUUUGUAUUGCCUGAUGUCGAGCCAAGAGUGGCUAGUAGCUUUUUAAACGCUGCCAGACGCUUUUCUCCAAGAGUUAAUAAUGUUGUACCAUCGCAGCAGGCUUCAUCACAAAGUUCCGAAGCUGCUGCAGCUGCUGCCGCAGCGGCUGGUUUAGUAUCAUUGUCACCAGGCCGGAAUCAGCAGGGUGUACACAAGUUUGAAAAUUCAACAGGGCCAUCUAACGAGCAAAAACAAGACUAUGUGGCUGCUGCUACAUUAGCUGGUGCUGCUGCUUAUGCUUCAAGCGUAAAUGGUCAAGGUGGAGCUGGUGCUUAUGCUAAUAAUGCAGCAUACCCUCGUGGAGUAGCUAUGAUCACUCGACCUCAAGUACGAGGAGUUCUUCAAACCAGUCAUUAUGUUGAUCAGGAUCUCAGUGCUGAUGAUGCUAAGGAUAUCAAACCUCCAUACAGUUAUGCGACAAUGAUCACCCAGGCCAUUAUGUCGAGUGAAGAAAUGAUGCUGUCUUUGGCAGAUAUCUACGAGUGGAUCAUGCACCGCUACUCAUUUUACCGACAUUCGAAAUCGGGAUGGCAAAACUCAAUUCGUCAUAAUCUAUCGCUUAACAAAGCAUUUGAAAAGGUUCCUAGAAAAGCCAAUGAAGCUGGUAAGGGUAUGAAAUGGCAAAUCAACGACCAGUACAAGGUUGAAUAUAUGCAAAAAGCCAAUCUGAGUAAACCAGGUAGAAUGAGACUGUCUCCUAUGGCCAAGCAGCAAAUCCAAUUCCCUCAACAUCCUCAACAACAGCAACAACAGCAACCUCCACCACCACCUAUGCUACAGCACCAGCAUCCACAACAGCCUCCGCUCCAGCAACAGCAUCAACAACCCCCUCCAUUGGCACUUCAGCAGUUGCAAAACCACACUUCACAACCACCUUCGGUUCAGCUGAAUCCUAUUCAAAAUCUGCCUCCAGGAGUUCCUGGUACACAACAGGUUCAACCUCCGUCGUUGGCUCAUAAUAAUAGUACAUUACCACCACCUAUCCCGACAGGAGGAUACCAAACACUUCCGCCACUAAAUAUGUCACCAUUCCCAAUGUUGCAACCACGUAACGACAAAGAAGACAGCAAGCUGGAUGCUGGCUUCGUUACACCUCAAAAACCCAAGACCACGGUAGACGUGCCCUACUCUGAUCAGUACGGACUGGCUACCACACCCGGCAACAAUGAUAACAAUAAUAAUAAUACUAGUGGUAGUGUUGCCAAUACCUCGCCAACAUUACUACCCUCUCCCCAGAGAGGCUACAUGGGCAGUUCGACAGCAGCUACUGGUCAGAUCUCUCAAUUAGAGGCAUAUACCCCAGAACGAGGUAGUCGUGGUGGCAGUAUGGGUCAUCAAUCCAAGCCAUCGUCCAAUGGUAGUGUUAUUGGUGAUACUAAUGCAUCCGGUCCUGGUGCAGAAACCGGUGAAUCUGGCAGUGGAAUAAAUGCGACUGGUGAUUCUGGUGCGAAUAAUGCUGGUAGCGGUGGAGACGGUUCUGGAAUAGCUGGGUCAUCAGCCAACAGUGCUGCCACUGUAGGAGCUAGCUCUACAGGAACUGGUACUAGUUCAAGUAAUGGUAACUCAUCAGGCCAGCAGCAACUCAAUCCACCCACACCAUUUGGUCAGUUUGUGGGUAUGACACCAGCCAGACAGACUUCACAAUUGCAACUUGCGCCACCAUCAUCAGCACAACAACAGCAAUUGCCAUCGUCGUUCAUGCCAGGUAGCUCGCCUGCUCCGUUCUGGAAAAUGACGCAAUUCUCGUCGACACCAAUACGAUCGAGCGAAUUCUCGCCUUCGAAGUUCUCGUCACCACCAGUGUCUUCGCAAAUCGAGCGACGCAACGACGGCUCGGACGAUACCAUAGGCGACCUCCAAGAUGUGGACCUCACACGGUAUGGAAAAAAGAAGCAACAGCUUUGGUAA